GUGGACACUUCCUUUGCAGUAAACAGGAAGUUGUAAUGUUUUGGGUGGCAGAAAAAAAUAUUUUUUUGUUUUUCUACCAAUUAAGUAGGUUAUGGCACUAAGCAUUCCAUCCUCUGCUAAAAUAUUAACAUCUAGCAAAAGUGAAAUUCAAAUCUCCCAUGAUGGAAGUUCAAGUCUGAAGUCUAAAGGGAGGCAAUUACCAAGACCACCUACAGUACCUGAUAAUUUAUCUUCCAAAGGAACUGUUUUAGUUCGACAUCCACUGCCAAAAUACAGUUUUCAAUCUACUUUAGGAAAAAAGAAAGCAGAAACUUCUAAAAGUGAAUUAAAUAAUGGGGAUAAAAGUGACAAAAAUGACACUUCAUCCUUACCAAUAGGUACUGUAAAACCUGUCAGUAAAGUAGAACCAUAUUUGGACCAGGAUGAAAAAUUUCAAUCCAAUUUAAAACCACAAAGUGAGGCACCAAAACUGGAAAUGGUCUUAAGAAAUGCCUCACCAUUAGACUGGCCUGGUAGUGAGGCAGAAGUCAAAAGGUUAAAAGCCGAGGUUGUUAUGCUGAGAGGUGAACUGGAUGUUCAGGUCAAGGUUAAUUCUGAAUUAAAGAAACUAUUAGUAGCCUCAGUAGGUGAUGAUUUACAUUCCAGAGUAGAAAGACUUGCAAGAGAUAGAGCUGAAUUAACCCAGGAGUUGGGAUUCACUACAAAAAAGAGAUCAGAGGAUUACGAAAACCUAGAUGCAAUUUCAAUACAGGCUGAUAUGUGGAGGAGUAAAUAUUUAGCAAGCAGAGUAAUGAAUGAUGAAUUAGCUAGUGCAAAAUCAUUUUUUGCUAUGCAGUAUCAGGAAUCCCAGAAUGCACUGCAACAGUUAUUAGACGAGAGACAUGAAUUGAGAACAAACAUGGUAGAAUGUAAUAGAUCUUUACAGCAGAUUAGAGCAGCAUUUGACCCCUUGAACAUUCAUAGGUCAGUCCCUCAGAACUCUAACAAUAAUCUGGACCUUGCCAAAGCUAAUCAUAAUCUGUCAGAAAGCAUUAAAUAUAGACUGUUACCCAGUAAUAGGACUCCAGAGAUCAGCAUAAAUAUGGACCUUAGGUGGGAGGACACACUCACACAUGCUGAGUCCUAUGCUUAUGAGAUUUUGUCAAGAAGAAUAACUACAGAUGACAUAAAAUCACAUCAUCCAGCUAUAGUAUGUAACCCAGAGUCAGCAGUAGUACCAAGAUAUCAUCCAAGAGCCAAAUUUGACAAUUUAACAUUCAACUGUUGUCCUCAUUGUGAAGGGGAAAUAACUGCUGUAUAAUAACUAAGACUGUUUCUUUUAAUGUGUUCUCCUGAAAUAUAAUUUCAUUGAGACUUUAAACAUUUAUUUUGUUGCUAUUUUAAUCAUAACCAUAUAUCUCAGUGAUUUUGUGUCAGUAGGUAAAGGCAAUUAUUCAUGUUAUUGUUCCUGACCAUUUUAGUGUGUGGACCAUUAACAAAUGAACUGACCACAAGAGUGUAUUAACAUAUGAUCCUUAUAAGUACAUUCUGGUUACUUGUAAAAUAGUAACAAAUAUCAACAUGAUCAAUAUAUUUAGUAAAAUCAUAUGGUGACUUUUCCUCAUUCAGCAUAUUUAUUGCUAGUAGCCAAAGAUCUUAUAAAAUGCCACAAGAAGAUUUUACCUUUUAUUUUAAAUUUUAAAAGUAAAAAAAAACAACAACCAAGGGCUGUAAAGCCAGUCAAGGUUGUUAAACACUUCCAUCAUUAACCAAGGAAUGGAAACCAUUUUGAGUUGCAGCAAAAGAGAUAACAGAUCACAUUUCCUUUAAUAUUUACCCAGAAUUAUGAAGACUAAGAAAAGUUAAUUUCAAUUGAUGAUCAUAUAUUGAAAUUAAGUCUGAUGAUAUUUUUUGGUUGCCUCACAGCAAAGGUGUGACUUCUGUCUUACUUUGUCAUUAUCUGCGUCACACUUUUGUUUCAACUCCUUGACUUGUAGAGAUUUUUCUACAGGACAUGAAGUUGUGCACCUGCUAUUAUAAUAUAUAAUAUAUAUGAUAUAACAUGUUUGUACAUAUAUGGUCCAAAUACUGAUUUGGCCUGUUUCAGACUUGAUUUAUUUUUUAAAAAAAUAUGUGCAUAAUAUGCAUAUGAUUAGUUUUGUGAUGAAAUUAUUUGUAACACUUAUGCAGAAAUAAAUAAGUGAUAAUUUUUAUGUUGCUUGAAUCAGAGUAACUGUUGCGGAAUUCAAUUAUUACUUUUUGAUAAGAAUAUUACAUGGCAAUUUUAAGUCAUACAUAUGACAAUUAAUCCAACUUGAUAUAUAUAUGUGAAAAAGGUCCGUAUGUGAAAAUUUCUACAUUUGAAUACAGUUGAAAUUGCUAUUGUGUAGAAAUUAUAAUAGAGUAAGACAGUAUAUCCUAUUUUUCUCUUUAAUUUCAAUAAACAUUUGUUUUAUUUUUUUUUCCUCUAAUUAUUAAAAUAAGUUGGACUUAAAAAACAGAUAGAUAAUCCAAUACUAAAAAAUGUUUUUUUUAUCAUAACCUUUCAGAGCUUAUGCUAUUGUUUACACUGUUGAAGGUUUAUUGGGCAUCUGUAUGAUGUUUUCAUUAUACAUUUAGGUUUAUUUAUUGCUUUCUGGGUUUUUUUAAUUUUAUUUUGGAAAAGGGUAUUGUCUCAUUGGUAAUUACAUUACAUCUCCCUUUUUAGCUCACCUGGCUCAAAAGGGCCAAGUGAGCUUUUCUCAUCACUUGGUGUCCGUCGUCUGUUAACUUUUACAAAAAUCUUCUUCUCUGAAACUACUGGGUCAAAUUAAACCAAACUUGGCCUAAAUCAUUUUAGGGAAUCUAGUUUAAAAAAUAUAUCUGAUGACCCCCGCCCAUCAACCAAGAUGGCUGCCAUGGCUAAUAAUAGAACAUGGGGGUAAAAUGCAGUAUUUUGCUUAUAUCUCUGAAACUAAAGCAAAUCUGACAAAGGGUAAAAAUGUUUAUCAGGUCAAGAUCUAUCUGUAAUUUUCAGACACAUCAGACAACCCAUGGUUGGGUUGCUGCCCCUGAAUUAGUAAUUUUAAGGAAAUUUUGCAGUUUUUGGCUAUUAUGUUGAAUAUUAUAGUAGAUAGAGAUAAACUGUUAACAGCAAAGUAAAAUCUAGAAAUAAGUCAACAUGACCAAAAUGGUCAAUUGACUCCAUAAAGAGUAAUUGCCCUUUAAAGUCAAUUAUUCACAAUGUUUCAUAAAUUUUUGUAAUCUUUUACAAAAAUCUUCUCCUCUGAAACUAUGUGGCCAAAUUAAACCAAACUUGGCCUAAAUCAUCCUUAGGGUAUCUAGUUUAAAAAAUAUAUCUGAUGACCCCACCCAUCAACCAAGAUGGCCACCAUGGCUAUAAAUAAAACAUGAGGGGUAAAAUGCAGUUUUUGGCUUAUAUCGCUGAAACUAAAGCAUUUAGAGCAAAACUGACAUGGAGCAAAAAUGUUCAUCAGGUCAAGAUCCAUCUGCUCUGAAAUUUUCAGACGCAUCAGACAACCUGUUGUUGGGUUGCUGCCCCUGAAUUGGUAAUUUUAAGGAAAUUUUGCAGUUUUUGGUUAUUAUCUUGAAUAUUAUUAUAGAUAGAGAUAAACUGUAAAUAACAAUUAUAUUCAGAGAGGGGUCUCCUUGUCAAGCUUCUUUCAUGUUCAGCAAAGUAAGAUCUACAAAUAGGUCAACAUGACCAAAAUGGUCAAUUGACCCCUUGAGGAGUUAUUGCCCUUUAUAGUCAAUUUUUAACAAUUUAUUUGUAAAUUUUUGUAAUCUUUUACAAAAAUCUUCUCCUCUGAAACUACCGAGACAAAUUUAACUAAACUUGGCCACAAUCAUCAUUAGAGUAUGUGGUUUUAAAAAUGUGUUUGAUGACCCCACCUACCAACCAAUAUGGCCGACAUGGCUAAAAAUAGAACAUAGGGGUAAAAUGCAAAUUUUAUCUAUUAUUUUUUGAACCGUUGUAAAUAAAGAAAAUCUGAAAGUAGCAAAAAUGUUCAGAAUAUUAUGAGCUCUAACAAUUGUCCAUAUACGUCAAAACUGUUAGACAAAUUUUUAUAGGAGUUAUUGCCCAUAUAAAAUGACAAAUUUUACCAUUUUUUUUCAUUUUUGCCUAUUAUGAAAACUAUGAUAUUUGGAGAGAAACAUUUUUAUUCCAUUAUGCCUUAUAUGAUUUAAAUUAUAAUAGAUAAAUAAACACUUUUAAUCACAAAAAUGAUUAGCAAGGCAAGAUCUAUUAAAAAGUCAAAUUUUGCCGAUAUAGUUAGUAGACUCACUCUUCAUAGGUGUGAUUGCCUUUAGAUGAGGAUUUUUUUACCCUCUUUUGUGUUUUGAGCAAAAACUAAAGAAGAUAGAGAGAGAACCUAAACAGACUAAAAGAUCAGUAAUACAAGAUCAACAAAAUAGAGAUUUUUGUCAUGAAGUGUAUUCUCAUCUACAAUGUUGGAGAGUGUCCUUUGUUUGAUAUGCACAUAUACCAAGGUGAGCGACACAGGCUAUUUAGAGCCUCUAGUUUUAUGUUAAAGUAAUUUGAAAACUUAAAUAUUGAAUUAUCAUUUAUGCUUUAUGGUGUUUUUCCUGCUGUAGCUAUAUAAGGUACCGUAUAGCGGGUUAUUUUUGCGGGGUGUUUAUUUUCGCUUAUUUUGGCGGGUCAGGGGAAAUCGCGAAAAAUAAAUUCUGCGAAAAUUUAUGCAUACGUUCGAUACUUUCUAAUAGCUAAAGCGUUUUUGGAAAAUAUCUAUUUUUUCCUGUUCGACGGAUCAAUAACGGUUUAUGUUAAUUAAAACAACAAAGGCCAAAGGUCAUUUUUCACUGGCUGUCAGGUGUUAAUUAGUUUAUUCAUUACAUAAUAAAAUAAAUAAUGAUAUAAGAGUGUAAGGUACGCUGUCAGGUAUUUUAUCCUGUCAAAUCAUAUAAAAGUUGCAAGUCACUCAUGAUAAUUUUAUAAUCUAAUUAAUACAUCAAAGGUCCGGUCAAUUUCCUAACUAAUCAACCGUAACAUUUACAAGAAGAUUGUACACCUGUGACAAAUAACUAUGUACCAGUAUUCUAUUGAUUAACUGUAUGCAGGUCAUGCACCUAAAACAAACAUUUAACCAUAACAAUAGACCCUUGUUUGUCAAUUUUUACAACUUUUUAACUGCAACUAUUUCAGUAUCUGCCAAAAUAUUUAAUUGUGAUUAAAGAAUCCGCCAAAAUAAAAACCGCCAAAAUUUUCAUAUACUUUAAUGCUCCUAAAUAGCGAAAUUUUACACCCGCGAAAAUAACCCGCUAUAUGGUAUUUUACCAUUCUUCAUCAGAGAAAUGAUUUAUUUCAGUAUUCUAUGUGGAUCUAUACAUAUACACUGGGUUUAAAAUGAUGUAAAAAUUGUAAAUCACCCUGCAAAAAAUAUACUUUUAACUAUAUACUUAUAUAAUCAGGAGUUAUAUAUAUAAGUAUUGUUAUAUUAGUGUGUCAAUAGAAAAUGUGUACAUAUUUGAUGUGUAAUUUAAGUGAAAUAUUUUCUGACUUUAUUGGAGAAGUAUUAGGUAUUAUAUAUUCAUUCCAAAUUAUUUGUACUAAAAACUUGUGUGUCAUUUUGUUGAAAAGAGAUGGUAUGAAGACUGCAAUAAUUACAGAAAAUAUCUAUUUAAUGCUUUGAAAAUAUCAUUAGCAAAGUGCCAAUUUUACAUGAUUUCUAUACAAAUGUACAUCUAUUUUGAAUCGAAAUUGUUUAUUUUAGACUUUUUAUAAUUUGGAUAUAAGUUUUAGUAUGUUCUAAAUCAAAAUGACAAUUUGAGUCAAAUUAGUGAACAUGAAUUUGACAGCUAAUGCUCCUUUAAUAGUUUGUUGAACAAUUUUUAUAUUAUUAGUUAAGGUUUCAAACAUAUACAGUCACUUGUAGAAAAAUUGUCUGUUUCAACAGUUUAUUGUAGCAAAGAUUGCAUUGUGAAAGCAACAAAAAUUAUUCUAAAGUUUUGGUAAAAUUUAGAAUAUUCAAAAGUUUUAUGAUUUUAUAAAAUGAUUUGUAGAUACCAGAAAGAAAUAUAAACUAUUACGUAUGAAACACCCAUCCCACCACUAAAGAUUUUUGUAGCUUCAUCAUACGUAUUCAAUCAUUGAAAACUAAAUGACUGUUAUAUAGUUUAAUUCAUUUUAAAUGCUAAUUGUUCUUCAUUGAUGUUCAUUCUGAAUUUAUUACAUGUUAUUUGUCGAUGAUAUUUAUGAGACAGCAUUAUUGUAUUGCCAUUACUAUACAUUUGGAAGAGUGGUGGUACAAUUGUUAUUUGCAAUAUCUGUUAUAAAUAAAUUGUUGACCAUUUAA